UGACUGAGUGCUCAUGGAGAGCUUGGCUCAGGGACCAGGCAUGCACACUUGGACUUGUUGCUGACAACUGUCAGCUUCUACCUCCUUCUCCUCACACCCCCCUUGGCCCAUCUAAAUGGAGUUCGUAAUCCUCCUUCCCACCCACCCUCUUCAUUCCCUGGGGUAAGAAUGUUGACUUCUGCUCUCUGUCACCUGUCAGAAUCCAUCUCCCUGACACUGGCUUAUAUGGACAAGCUAGUUCACUGUCACGUGACCCUGGACUGCUAAAAACAGCUCAGGCACCCACUGUGAACCAGGGCCUGAAACAAUGUCCUCCAUGGAGAGAAAUGUAAAGGACACUUGGUGAUCCAAUCCUUGGAAUUAUUUCCAGGAAAUUCUUGCAGAAACCAUUCAGAGCACCUUUUCCCUGGCAGAACUCAGGGACGGCCAGGAGAUGAGCGCAUCUCUGAGCUACAAGUCUUUUUCUAAAGAACAGCAGACCAUGGAUAACUUGGAGAAACAACUCAUCUGCCCCAUCUGUUUGGAGAUGUUCACAAAGCCUGUGGUCAUUCUACCCUGUCAGCAUAACCUGUGCAGGAAAUGUGCCAGUGAUAUUUUCCAGGCCUCCAACCCGUACUUGCCCACAAGAGGAGGCACCACUGUGGCAUCCGGGGGCCGCUUCCGCUGCCCAUCCUGUAGGCAUGAAGUAGUUCUGGACAGACAUGGAGUCUAUGGGCUUCAGAGGAACCUGCUGGUGGAAAAUAUCAUUGACAUUUACAAGCAAGAGUCUACCAGGCCAGAAAAGAAAUCCGACCAGCCCAUGUGUGAGGAGCACGAAGAUGAGCGCAUCAACAUCUACUGCCUCAACUGUGAAGUGCCCACCUGCUCCUUGUGCAAGGUGUUCGGUGCUCACAAGGAUUGUCAGGUGGCACCGCUCACGCAUGUGUUCCAGAGGCAGAAGUCUGAGCUCAGUGAUGGCAUCGCUCUCCUCGUAGGAAGCAACGAUAGAGUUCAGGGAGUGAUCAGCCAACUGGAGGACACCUGUAAAACCAUUGAGGAAUGCUGCAAAAAACAGAAGCAGGAGCUUUGUGAAAAGUUUGAUUACUUGUAUGGCAUCCUGGAGGAGAGGAAGAAUGAAAUGGCACAGGUCAUUACCCGGACUCAGGAGGAGAAACUGGAGCAUGUUCGUACACUAAUCAAAAAGUAUUCUGAUCACUUGGAGAAUGUCUCAAAGUUGGUUGAAUCAGGCAUCCAGUUCAUGGAUGAGCCAGAAAUGGCAGUGUUUUUGCAGAAUGCCAAAACUCUGUUGCAAAAAAUAUCUGAAGCAUCAAAGGCAUUUCAGAUGGAGGAAAUAGAUCAUGGCUAUGAGAACAUGAACCACUUCACAGUCAACCUCAAUAGAGAAGAAAAAGUAAUACGUGAAAUUGAUUUUUACAGAGAAGAUGAUGAUGGUGAAGAAGAGGAAGAAGAGGAAAGAGAAGAAGGAGAAGAAGGAGGGGAAGAAGUAAUAGAAGUGGAACAGAUAGAAAGUGUCCAAAUAGAGUCAUCCAGAGAAGAUGAAAGUCCAGAAAAAGGCUUGGAGUCCCUUCAGUUGGCCUCGGAGCUCGAGGUGGCCCCAGAGAAACUUCCAGCUUCUUCUCCAGAACUCUCUCCAACCCUGCUGCCCACUGCAGAUGCUCCAGUGAUGCAGGGGGAGGUUGUGCCCACUGGCUCUCAACAGACCGCAGAGUCUGAAACUUCACUCCCGGCAGCAGCAGCAGCAACAACUGCGGAUCCCUUGUUGUACCCUAGUUGGUAUAAAGGUCAAACCCGGAAAGCUGUCACCAAUCCACCUUACACGCAAGGGAGCGAAGGUCUGGGACAAAUGGGGGUCUCAAGUUCUGAGGAUUCAAAUGUGCAGAAGGCAGAAGUGGCAGAAGCUGCAGCCAAUGAGAGGGCAGCAGUGAGUGGUAAGGAAACUAGUUCACCUGCAGCUACUUCUCAGAUUGGAUUUGAGGCCCCUCCCCAGCAGAGCCGGGUUGCUGCUUCAGUGAGCACAAGUGGAGCUAGUGCUGAGCCAGCUCGCCACGUCUUCUCCUUUUCAUGGUUGAACUCCCUGAAUGAGUGAUGUGCAUUCCAGCUGCUGCCGCACUGUCUGCCUGGCUGCAAUGCACACAGGCAGCAGGUAACUUAGAUGGAGUUAACGUGAUGCAGAUGAUGAAUGGGACCGCCUCAUGGGAUUUCUGCAAAGGAAACAACAAAAACAAGCAAAAUCUUUUAAUCCCAGAUGACUUACCUAACACAUUGAGGGAAGAGAACACUUUGAAAAAAUAGCUACAGUAAAACACUGGGGAAAAGAAACUUGCUCUUACGCAAAUCUUUUACUGUGUGGGAAAGAUUAGAAGGGUGUGUAGGUGUGGUAGAUGUGUAAUGAGUGGCAAGUGUUGAAAAAGUAGGCACUACACUCUUGUCUUUAAUAGGCACUAGCUGUUUGUUAUGAUAUCAUAGUAGCUCUUAUUUCUUUUCCUUCUUAAUGAUGAGGGUGGUCAGUGAAACUCAGUGUCAAUUUAGUAGUGACUGAUCUAUCCAUUGUGGAUAAAAGGUAAUCAUUGACCAAAGCUAUGAAAUGUUUCACAAACUUGUCCUCAUUUCCAUAGUAGAUGUCCCUGGGCAUAUGUCCAGAAAUUCCUUUAGUUCUGGUGAUGCUUCACAAGGCUGGAACCCUAGGAUGCCCCUUGUGCCAUUUUUCUAAUUUUAGUUUUAGCUAUUUGUAUAUUUUUAUUCAUAUGUCAUACAGAUAUAU